AUGUCUAAAAAAGUUUCAAAGGGAACAAAACCUUGUCCCAAAAUUACAACUAGGUGUAGUGUUGUUGAUAGUAUUUUAAAUGGAGGUAUCAGUGUUGGAGAAGUAACUGAGUUUUGCGGAGAGAACGCAACAGGUAAAACUCAACUUUGCGUUCAAUUGAGUGUUGCAUGUCAAUUACCCCCGUCUUCUGGCGGAUUGUUCGGAUCAUCCAUUUAUAUCCACUCAAUUGGUCCAUUUCCCAUUCGUAGGUUAACUGGUUUAAUACCCUUCAUUUUAGAUUCAUCUCUAAGUCAUACUGAUCGCCCUUGUGAUCACAUCAUAACUAAGAUGGUUGAAUCCGUGCAUGACUUACCUGAUGCACUUGAUUGGGUGGUGAAGUUGAUUCAAAACUCUUAUAACACGUGCAGACAUAUACGGUUAGUCAUUAUUGAUUCAAUUGUUAGUAUGUGUACUAGUCAUUUUGAUAACACUGUGGUGGGGUUAGAGUCACGGACUCAACUAUUACGUGCCAUUGGUUACGGUUUACAAUCAAUUGCUUCAAAAUAUAAUGUGGCGGUUGUAGUUGUAAAUAAUGUUGUGGAUGUGUUUCCAAGUGAUCGUGAUUCUUCAACCAAGUUCAUGAUGUCAUCUGGUCGGAAGGUCCGCCCUGCAUUGGGGAACUGUUGGAUGACAAAUAUUUCAACUCGUGUCUUCAUGUCUAAAACAAUCUCUCCAUACAAUCAAACGUCGGAUAGAUUGAUGAGUAUAUUGUUCUCAUCGUCUUUAGAACUUGAUGCGUGUCGUUUUUGUAUAACCAAUGAGGGUGUAAUGGAUGCCGAGCAAAACUAA